GUUCGUCAGUUCUUCGUCGCGUAUUUUGGAAUGUAGUUCGUCGGUUCGGUUCGGAGGAGAGCAGCCAUCGGCAGCCAGCAAGCAAAUCGAAGAAGAGAGCAAUUUUUUUUCUUCAACCCCAAAAAUCAACUUGGUGUGUGUCGUGUGUCCGUGUCAUCAUCGUCGACAGAGGCAGCCAUCCAGUUCCCAACAAUAUUCCUCCGUCAGAUUUUAGUGCAAAAAAGUGCGAAGCAAUAGGACUUCCAGGGACGGAUUCGUUGCCGUUCCGAGUGUAGAAAGUAGUGCCACGGUGAAAUCCAACAGUGUUCAAUCGAAAAAUUGAAGAAGUGAACCAAUCGCGGAAGUAGCCUCCCAUCAGAGCUAAUAGGUGAAAAAAGCACAUCGGGAGAGGAAAACGGCAAGCGAGCGAGCGAGGAGGAUGGCCAGGGAACCUCCUUCGUUGUACAAUUCGUGCCUGGUGGCUUACGUGAAAAAUCUGAACUACAAAGUCACCAGCAUGGACAGGACCUACGUGGAUCUGCGGAUGCUUCCGACCGCAGUGCUUGCCAGCGUCUACGAACAGAUGUGCAACCAUGACUCCCUCAAGGAGAUCCUGCUGACCCAACUGACCGACCUGAACACAUUUAACAAAGUAAUCCGCCAGGCCUCGCUCAAGCAGAUCAUGUUCAAGUGCGUCCAAACGCUGAUGACGUCCCGUCGACCCGUCGUCACCGAACUGCGAACCACGUUCUGCCGCACCACCAGCGUCUACUACCUGCAGAACGAGAACGUCUCCAUGGUUAAGGAUGCCCGAUUGGAGGACUUUCUCGGUUCCCAUGGGGAAGUAUCGCACGAGGGUGUGGAAUCGGCCGGUGGGCACAGUACUGGAACCACAGCGCAGGACAGUCGCCUGUUCGUCGGCGCCUUUAUCGAGCAGGUCGACAACGGCAUUCGGCUGGGCUCGUUCCUGUGCGAGUCCGGCUGGCUGGAGGAAUCGCUGCACGUCUUCAACAUCACGCUGUCCAUGGUUCAGCUGCUUCAGGCCAGCUACUUGCGAUCGCUGAUCGAGUUAAAUUGUCUUCAAAAACUGCUUUGCGCCCAAACGGCAUUCUGCUGCUUCAAGGAGGCGAACAUAACCUGUGCACAAGCGCUCAACAUCAUCGACAAGCUGACGCAGCAGCGUCAGCGGGAGAUGCGGCUGCAGAAAUCCAAAUUGGCCGGUAGGGCCGGAAGUGAUGCCAGACACAGGGGUAGCUGUUGUAGCGGCAGCAGUAGGAGCUUCCUAGCGAGUAGCGGCAGCUGUGCCCUAGCCGGCGGUGAUAACGAUAAGCUUAGUAGUAUACCAAACAGUUUGCUGGCUAACAUCUACCAACAGAUUUCGGUGCUGCAUUUCUACCGAAGCGAGUACGAUCUGAGCUAUCGGUGGAGCAUCCGGGCGUUGAAGCAUAUCAACAAGAAUACACCCGAUAAAAUCAUCGUGGACGUCCUGCGGCAGGUGGCCAAAUCCUGCGUCGUGAAACGGCAAUUCCAACUAGCCAGUAUGCUCAUCAAACAGGCCGUCUGCCGGGCGCGGUCCAGCUUCGGUACCAACCACCAAAAGUACGCCGAUGCCCUGUUGGAUUACGGUUUCUUCCUGCUGAACGUAGACUCGAUAGCCAAUAGCGUAGCCGUCUAUACCGAAGCGCACGAAAUCCUCUGCCGAAUUUUCGGCCCUCGAAAUCUGCACGUGGCAGUGGCCCACGAAGACCUAGCAUACUGCCUGUACGUGCUUGAAUACAGCUCCGGUAAGUUCGAUACGGCUACGGCCAACGUGGAGCGAGCGAUCGACAUCAUGAAGGAACUGGUGCCAUGCAACCAUCUGAUGUUGGCUUCGGCCAAGAGGGUGAAAGCGUUGAUCCUGGAGGAGAUCGCCCUCGACACGAUGGCUUCCACAAUCGAUUACAACAAAUGCAAAGGUCUGCUGCUUCAAUCCGAAGAACUGCAUCAGUCGGCGUUGCACCUCUCGCUGGAGGCCUUCGGGGAGAUUAACGUGCAAACGGCGAAACAUUACGGGAACCUGGGACGGUUGUACCAAUCGAUGUCCAAAUUUGAUGCCGCCGAGCAGAUGCAUAAGCGUGCAAUCAAAAUCAAAACGCACAUACUGGGGCCGUACGACUACGAGGUGGGCCUGUCGAUAGGGCACUUGGCGUCGCUGUACAACUAUCACAUGCAGAAGCACCAGGAAGCGGAGGAGCUGUACUUGAAGAGCAUCGAGAUUAGCCUCCGGCUGUUUGGGGAAUCAUACUCCGGACUGGAGUACGACUACCGGGGGUUGAUCCACAUCUACGACAUCAUCGGGGAUCAGACGCGUUACGAUCAGUAUUCGAACAUACUGGACGAGUGGCGACUGCUGCGGGAGGAGAACCAAGCUGUGAGGAACAACUACCCGGCGGCGGAGAUCUCCGAGGACACCACGAUGGAGGAGGUGACGCGGAAGUUCUUCGAAAUGUGCAGCAACUGCAUCACCGGUAGUGUCCCACUGAACGAAAGCGACGGCAGCAUCAAUCACAACCUGCUGGAAGCGGACGGCGUACGGCCGGAGUGCGUCUGCGGUAACGAUUGCACCGGCGAGGAGGACAGCGAAGAGCUGGCGGCGGCAGCGGUACCUGCGGCGCCUGUAGGCCCUUCCGUGGCUGAUGAAAUCCUUCGAAGUGCAUGAAAAUCUCAUUUUGGAUCGUUUCCAAAUUCCGUUAAUAGUGAGAGAGAGAGAGGUAAGAUUUUGUAUGAAUCUCUCGAAAUUAUUUCGCUGAUUUGCGCAGUUGACGGCAAAGCACAACAGAAACGGAGAUAUCUAACCAACAUCUGCGGCGUAAGCUUAAAAGAAUCGCACAUUCGGGCAGAAGAGGAAUUAUUUUUAGUAAUUUGAAUUUUUGUGCCUAUUUUUGAAACAAAAGACAGAGAGUAUGAAAGACCCAGAGCCGAUGUCAAAAAUGUCAUCGACUCUGGGAGCAUCGAUUGAAGAAGAGGGAAACAAAAGCCCCCCUCUCGAUUUCAACAACGUAUGUACUUUAGUAGAUUUAAUGAACGUUAAAUGUUUGUCGACAGCAGAUUUUCAACUAUUUGGAUAAGCGAAAAUAGAAAUUAACAGUGCAGCUUGUGUUGAUUCAGAAUCGACUGCUUUUUAAUCAUUUUGCUUUGUUUUUUUUUGCGAAGCUGCUAGAUAGUUUCUUCCAUUGAGAUGGUGACGAUGAUUUUUUUUUUUUCGUGGAAACAGUAGUAGCAACUGAUUGCAUCGCUUUGCUAGUUCGUGAUAAAGAUGGUAAACUCGAAUCUAAUGCAAUGGAUAUCGGGAGAUUAGUUUUUUUUUUUUAAUUUAUGCGGAUUUUAGAAGGAAGCUCAAAUUGAAUCGCUUUGUAUGGAGGAGUAUGUACGAUGCGGCUUUCUGAAGGCAUUUCGGAUUGUCCAGGCAGAAUUAUAUUAGUAGUAAUAGAAGCAAAUUUUAAUCAGUUGAGUAA